AUGGCCAUACAGUCUUUACUAAUUGUCAACAAAUCAGGAGGUUUAAUUUAUCACAGGAAUUUCACAGGAACAGGCAGUCAUGAACAACAAAAACAGCCAUUGAAUAGCAAUGAUUAUUUAAUUCUAGCUAGUACAUUGCAUGGUGUCUUUGCUAUAGCUAGUCAGCUAACCCCAAAGGCAUUGCAACUUUCACAGACACAGAUCGACUAUACGAUACCUUAUAUUCCUAAUCUCGGCACUUCAAGUGGGGCCGCAAAUGCAACAUCAUCCGGUGGUAGAGGAUCGAAUAUUGGUAAAUUAGGAAGUUUUAAAGGCGAUGAUUUCUUCAAAGAUUCAUUUACUAGUUGGAAUAAGAGCGGGUUAAGACAAUUAUGUACAGAUCAAUUUACUAUGUUUAUCUAUCAAACCAUGUCAGGCUUGAAAUUUAUUGCCAUCAGUUCCACAGUAAUGCCCCAGAGACAAGAUUUAAAUCCUGAUCGUAAUAAGAACAUCAAUCCAAAUAAUUUGGCCAUUCAAGUUGCUGACAACUUUUUAAGGAAAGUUUAUUGUUUAUACAGUGAUUAUGUUAUGAAGGAUCCAUUUUAUUCUAUGGAGAUGCCCAUUAAAUCUGAUUUAUUUGAGAAAAAAGUAAACGCAAUGAUAGAUAACAUAAGUUGA